GAAUGGGAUGAGAUGAGGUACACCAGAGCUCCGGGUCUCGACAAUACCGUUGUUCCUUGAAGUGAGACAGACCGGCCCCCAUCGACCGCCUCCUCCUCCUCAUCCUCAUCCUUGUCCUCAUCCUCCCCCCUGGUGCCUACACGUACAACACGACUUUCGAAACGCGAUCCGAACGCCGGCCGCGGAAAAAGAUACGGGACCAGGUGCGUGCCAACGGCAAGUAGCCGUGGUUGAGGUUCCGUCUCCAGCUGGAUGAAUGAGACAACGCUUCUUCUCGUGGCGUCUGGUUGGUUGGUCCCUUUGGACUCUGACGGGAAACCACGGCGACACACUUGGAAUCGUUGGCGUGGAAUGCCAGACGCCGUGUCCCCGUGGCUUGUCUCCCCAUCCUGUCGACCGACUAACUGGCUGAGGCCUAGUGUGUCAGUCUAAUGCUCUGCUCUCUCUCUCUCUCUCUCUCUCUCUCCCACUCAGUCAGCGUCGAUGCCGCGCCUCGCCUCGCGCCCAUCGAACGGCGCAACUCAACCAGGGACCAAGCUUGGACUCGAAUUAGACUACCGCCCCUGGGGGGUCAGCAUGCGUCUUGGGUGGUGUGGGUUGAAUCCAGAGGCUUGGCUCUGCGCGUCAUUCCUGUCCUGCCUCGGAUGUCAGAUGCCCCCGGCGCGUUGUAGCGAGAUGGGGGGGGGUGGAACAAUGGAAAGACUCCCCAUUCCACGCGGGGCGGAGCUUAUUUCUCGGUCACAUUAUGUCACCUUUUUUUCCCCUUCUUUCUCUGUUUCUCGUAACCUUCUCUCUCUCUCUCUCUCUCUCUAAGGAAGCCAAGCAAGCAGGGGUUCAAUUUGCUUCCGGAGGACCGCGGGGAGGCCGCCGCCGUUGCUACUCUGCUUCUGCUGCUGUUACUUUCUGCGGUACCCCCUGUUUUCCGUCUUUCGUUUGGAACGACAUCCUGGUCAUCGAUCGUUUGGCUGGCGGUAUCAAACUGUUGCCUGGGACGUUUGUGGCGCUGGAAGACGAAAGGGGUGAAGGGGAGGGGAGGCGGCGCGUGCAAGCUCUUGGGAUGUUCCAAGGGGACGGGGGUCCAGUUUGAGGGUCUUGUUGUUUCUUGAUGCUCCUGGGGGCUUGUCCCUGGAGCUUGUCCCUGGAUAGAGGUUACGAUAUGUAUAAGAGCACGUCGUCCGUCCCGUAAGAGCGGUGGUUUAGUUUCAUCAUCAACCCAGCCACUUCAACAACUAAACCACUGACCUUCUUUCACCCUCCAGACUCGUGUCUCUCUACCAAACAACUAGUAUAUUCACAACCAACUCCCUUCAUCGUCACACCAGCCAACAUGCACUCCUCAACCCUCCUCGCCGCCAUCAUCCCCGCCGUCAUCGCCCAGUACGGUUCGGGCGGCGACUCCUCCUCCUCGUCGUCGACCGCCUCCGCAACCGCCUCUUCUUCCUCAGGCAUCGCCGGCGUCCACGUCGUCAAGGUCGGCGACGGCGGCCUCACCUUCGAGCCCAACUCCCUCACGGCGGCCGUCGGCGACGUCGUCGAGUUCCACUUCUACCCGCGCGCCCACUCCGUCGCCCAGUCCGCCUUCGACUCCCCCUGCCAACCGCUCGCCAACGGCACCGCGACGGGCUUCUUCAGCGGCCCUGUCCAGGUCGCCUCGGGCGUCGGCGCCGAGGUCUUCACCGUCAAGGUCACCGACUCGAACCCCAAGUGGUACUACUGCGCCACGGGCCAGCACUGCCAGGGCGGCAUGGUCGGCGUGAUCAACCCUCCGUCCAGCGGCCAACGCACCAUCGAGCAGUACGCCCAGGCUGCCGCCGCCGCGCAGGCCAACGUCGCGCCCAGCGCCACCGGCGGCGGCACCCUCGGCUCCGCAGCGACCGGCAGCCCCAGCUCCGCCUCGGGCACGCCCUCGGCAUCGUCCACGACCCAGCCCAGCGCCGGCAUCGAGGCCCGCGGCGACGUGCGCUGGGGUCUCCUCAGCCUCGGCGUAGCCGCCGCCGGCUUCGUCGGCGGCCUCCUCAUCUAAGAGAGAGUCUCUUGUCACACAUCUUAGUGGACUCUUUGUGUGUUCUUUCACUGCGGUGGGGGUGUUGUCCUAUUUCUGGGAUUGGGAUCUCUUGGGUUUUUUAUUUUAUAUACCAAUGGGCAUUAUGGGACGGGCUGUCGAAAAAAGAAUGAAAGAGGGAUUGGUGGGGGAGACGCGUGCCAUUUUCUAUUUGGCAAAAGCCGUAAGCCUGGUUCCAUUGAGUGGACGGCGAAGGCGAACACUUCUUCGAUAUACAUAGUACCCAACUGCAAGCAUUUUGAAUUAUUACACUCGAUUUGAAUCAUCCUGCAA